UGAUACUACGGCAGUCGGCUUCGCCGUGUGCGACUAUACGAUACCGAGGUGCUUCGAUAUGCCUUUUGGUUUUCGUCUUCCGCUGUUUUUAAAACGCAGGUCGUGAAACCUUUAUGACGUGUGUAAAAUGGUAUUAUUGUGCUGAUACGGCGAGGCCAGAAGAAGAAUAUGGAAAAACAAACAUUUCGAGCGUUCUCGGGAGGUCAGACACAGCAGUCAUGCAGCAGGAGGAGUCCCCCGCCGCAUCCCGGGGGCUCGUUUGAUUUGAGAAGAAGUGUGUUUCCGAACGAGUUCCAAAACCCAGCGGUAGCCGGGGGGUACUGGGCAGGUCCGGGUGUCUUCCAGCAGCAGGCACCGCCGCCGGCGCAGCAGAUGACCAACAUGAUGAUCAUGCAAAGAGCGGAUCGUGUUCAGACAGAAUCAUCAUCAUGGAGCUCUUUAAGUUUUACAGCGUCGGCGGAUGCUCACCAUGGCGGAGCGGACACGCCGGGCUACAGAGCACCUUUUCCUCCCUAUCAGCACGGUUUUCCCUUUCGGCCUCCUAGUAGUGCGGCGUCCACCAUGCGGGACGUGUUCGAUCCGAGUCGACCGCCGCUGCCGCUGCCGCCGCCGCUUCCUUUCCGGUCGGAGCCGAGUCCGGGACACGGGGGGCACGGUGAUGCCGCCCAGAGGCUCCCGGAUCCGGCUUCCCGUGUUCAGUACACGACACCGGAGAGGCUGGCCGAUCCAGCGCAGCAAGGGCGCGGUGGGCCACGGGCACAGGUGGGGGGGCAUGAUUCUUUCAGCAGGGAUUUUAAUGAGAACUCUGGAGCACAUUUGAGCCAGUUUGGGUUUGGUGCUCAUGGCUACGCUCACACCUUCAGAGAAAGGAGUGCGGGGGACAGGUAUGGCCCACCUGAGGUGGAAGCACCCCGGGAGCGAUGGCACCCGGACCACCAGGAGAACCCAGGCUGGCAGGACGAUGGACACCCGAAGGACGUGCGGCCUCCGCAUACGGAUGCUGAAACGGCGCAGAGACGCCUAGACCGACAGUGGCUUUCCCAGUUUAUGCUGGACGGAAAACUAGGGGAGAGAGCGACUUCAAAGCACCCGGAUGGCGAUCCCUCCGUGUCCAUCAGCCGAGUGAGGGAAACGCUGUACGGCGCUGAUCGCUUGGUGUCACAGUUGUCCCUCGUGUGCCAGGCUUUGAAACAAAACACGGAGAACGAAAGCUUUUGGACGGACUCCUAUGCCAAGGCUACGGAGAUGAGGGAUGAGCUGCAACGCAAAUUAAGCAUCUUCGGUGACCCUUCUUUCAUAGACGUUUGCAAGAAGAAAGCGGCCUCACUACGCAAGAAGAGAGCCAGGAUUCGGCGCAGGAGAAAUGAGCUGGCUCAAGAAAGAAAGGAAAAGGAAGCGAGAGUUCUCGAGAAAGAGGCCUUCAUAGACAAGUGGCGGAUGAAGCGCAUUCACGAAGCUGAGGAAAAGAAACGGGAGCUGGAGUUGAGGGAGGCGGCAGACAGCGUUCUGUCUGAAGUGAGGAAAAAGCAAGCAGAUGCCAAGAGGAUGCUAGACAUUUUGCGUUCCCUGGAGAAGCUUCGCAAACUACGAAAAGAGGCAGCAGCCAGGAAAGGUGUUUACCCUGAGAAGGAAGCCGAUGAGACUUUUGAUAGUCAAGUGGACAGGCUGCGGAAGCUGAUUCAGAAGCGCACCGCCCUGUAUGCUGCAGAGGAGAAGGCUCUCAGAGUCAUGCUUGAAGGAGAACAGGAGCAGGAACGCAAAAGAGAGCUUGAGAAAAGGCAGAGGAAGGAGAGGGAAAAGCAGCUGCAGAAAAAGCGGGAGGUGGAGGCCAUGCUCUUUGGAGAUGAAAUGCCUCCAGAUCACCCACUACAGCCCUUCAGACAGUAUUACUGUCAGGCAGAGCUCUCUUUACACACUCUCAUUCAAGCAAGGAGAGAGUGGGAUCAAUACCUCGUCCCUGCAGAUCACCCUGAUGGCAGCUGCAUUCCCGAAGGCUGGGUUCUCCCUGAGGCCCCUUCAGAUGACACCUGGGGCACCGCCCUUGACAAGCAGGACCAUCUCACAGACUGACUGUCUGUGUCAUUUUCAGCCAGGACUGUGCAGCCUGUGUGCUGUGAAUGGCAACUGUAAAUGGUGUGUUAUACUCAGUCCUUACUGACCCAGUAGACGUUUCAGAAUGGUGAAGAAGACAGAAACCAAAGAAGAGAAGGAUGUCAUUGGCUUACCCCGAGACUCAAAUGUGGGCCUUAAAUUAUAUGCACUGUUUGAUUAUACAAAAAUUUGUCACUAUGAAAGCUGUAAGAAUGUCCUUGUAUUUUU